UGAUUGGCAGCGUCCAGCAGUGGGAGGGCAGUCGGCGCGUUUGGGGUGGUGCUGUUGUGUUUCGGUGUUGUUGUCCUCCUCAUUGCUGCUGUUCAGCGCGGGAUGAUGGCGGAGGCAAUCGCGGCACAGCUAGACUCAUUCGGCCGCAAUUUCCAGAUAACCAGCAGUGCUCUGGGAUCUGGUCAGGUGGAGAGCCGUGGUCUGAUCUCUCACGCCUCCAGCAGCCCCGCAGGAAUGGAGAGCAGUCAACCGAUCGCCAUCACAGACCUGGUUACGCGGCGGAAGAAGAAACGCAGAACUCGUGCCACGGACAGUUUCACCGGCAAAUUUAGUGAUCUGUACAAGCUGACGGACGAGCUGCUGGGUCAGGGAGCUUAUGCUAAAGUCCAGGGCUGUGUGAGUUUACAGAACGGCAAUGAGUAUGCUGUGAAGAUAAUCGAGAAGAAAGCUGGUCACAGUCGCAGUAGAGUUUUCAGAGAGGUGGAGACGCUUUACCAGUGUCAAGGAAAUAAGAACAUUCUGGAGCUCAUUCAGUUUUUUGAAGAGGACUGCUGUUUUUAUCUGGUGUUCGAGAAGUUGCGUGGAGGUUCCAUUUUAACACACAUACAGAGUCGAAAAUACUUUGAUGAGAGAGAGGCUAGUCAUGUGGUCAGGGAUAUAGCACAUGCACUGGACUUUCUGCACAAUAAAGGAAUCGCUCACCGGGACCUUAAGCCUGAAAAUAUCCUGUGUGAAUAUACUGAUAAGGUUUCUCCUGUGAAGAUCUGUGAUUUUGAUCUUGGGAGCGGAGUGAAGCUGAACAGUGCCUGUACCCCAAUAACUACCCCUGAGCUCACCACACCGUGUGGCUCAGCUGAGUACAUGGCACCCGAGGUGGUGGAGGUCUUUACGGAUGAGGCUUCGUUCUAUGAUAAGCGCUGUGACCUCUGGAGCCUUGGAGUGAUUCUCUACAUCCUGCUCAGCGGGAGUCCUCCCUUCACCGGCCACUGCGGCACCAACUGUGGCUGGGAAAGAGGAGAGACAUGUCGUGCCUGCCAGAACAACCUGUUUGAGAGGAUUCAGGAGGGGAAAUAUGAAUUUGGCGAUGGAGUGUGGGCUCAGAUCUCAUCCGAUGCCAAAGAUCUGAUCUCGCGGCUGCUGGUGCGAGAUGCCACUCUACGGCUGAGUGCUGCCCAGGUCCUGAAGCAUCCCUGGGUGCAAGGGAACGCACCUGAAAGAGUUCUUUCAACUCCUCGUGUUCUACAAAGAAACUGCAGCACUAAAGACCUGACGCAGUUCGCAGCUGAUGCCAUCGCGUUCAAUCGGCAGCUGUCUCAGAAGGAGGAAGAGCAGGAGGACUUUGGUGCCGUGGUCUGCUCUAUGAGGCUCUCCCCUCCAUCUAACUCUAGAUUAGCCCGUCGCCGAGCACAAUCUCAAGCACUACGCGCCAAUAACUGAUGCCUACCCACGGCACAGGUGCUCCAGUUAUACUCGUGCACACCAUAGUGCAUUAUAACCUUUCAUACACAUAACUUCUCUGGCGAACAGAUGGGUUCUUGAGCAAACACACAUGUAUAUGCACCACAGGCUCAGUGAUACCAACUUUGUAGCACAGGCACAGACUAACCUUAUAUAUACAAACCAAAAACAUCCAAACAUUUCUAAUUUAUUUACAGGUCUUUCACUCUGUGUAAUGUGAGUUUUUUGUGUUUUAAGCAUCGGAAAUUGUGCUUGUUUUUAUAUUUAUUACCAAAUAUUUAUGGCUGGUGGUGUUUGUCAGUCAGAUAUAAAAAGGAUGCUCAGCUCUGAGGGAAUCUACAGAUGGUUUGAUUUUAAUAUCGCCACAUCACUGUGGCUUUUAAUCAACAUUAGCAUUUCUAUUCUUAACAAAACAUCGAUUCUUUUAACGUUUUUAAAACCACUCGAGUUACUGUAAAGCACAGGACCUCUAGCUUUGUUAUUUUUCUAUUGUUUAUUUAUAUAACGUCUAGCUGUAGUUUAGUUAUUGUUUUGGUUUAUUUGAGCAAUGUAAAGCCAUGCUGCCUGAGAGUGACAUACACAUGAGGUGUAUCAUGAUGUAUGUCUUAAGUGGAAAUGCAAUCCAGAGGUAUUGCUGCUUUACUGAGGGUGCUCAUUAGGUGUUACAGAUAUUUGACCAGAUAUUUUCAGCUCAAAUAAUUAGUAAAUAUUGCACAGUACAUAUUUUUGUCUUUUCAGAUUUCAGAUGAUUAUAUUUUUUCAUUUUAUGUAUAUUUUUUUCAUGGUUCCGCUUUAUAUCUGUUAAGAGUGUUGAACAUUAUUUUGUUGCAAAAGUGAACUAUUUUUAUAAACUAUUUUAUCUGCAGCCGAUUCAGUUACGAGAUGGAGUUUGUUUUAAUUUUUUGGUUUGUAUUUCGUGCAAAAUGUGCCAUUUCGGGAGGGGGCAGAGCUCCUAAUGUGCAAAAUAACCAAUUUACUCUCAAUUGCCUUUUGUAUUAUCAAAUUCAAAAUCAUGCACGGUUAUUUUUUUCCUGUUAUUUGUUGCUCAGAAUGUUGUUUGAGGUAAGAUGAAAUGGUAAGAAUUUAGUGGCUGUCCAUGUAUUAUGUAUGUACCUUUAUGAGUAUGUACUGGGAAACAUUUCAUGUACCAGGGAUGACACUAGAGGGCGCUACCUCAUAUUAAUGAUAUGUUCUCAGUAUUCAGUGCUUCUGUGAUGCUCUAAAGGAGUAACAAAGGCUGAUUUCAGGAGUGGUGUCAAUGGAAUGGUCAUUUUACUCCUAAAAACUGUGGGACAGGUCAGAGGAGUUCAUUUGGUUUUCCAAUUUUGAGAAAUAAAGUCGUUUGCACUGAUA